UUAGUCCACAAUACCGUCCAGUAAAAACCAUAGCUAAGUUUAAAUUCUUGUCGCACAGAACAGAACAGUGUUCUCAGUUGCACCGUCGCACGCACGAAAAGGCCUUCCCUUUCCUCUUCCAUCGUUGUAACUCAUCAUCUCCUUCGCUCUGUGUUUCCAGUUUGGUCUCAAACAACAACCCCAGAACCCAAUUCAACUCCUCUGUCCUAAACCCAACACACCACUCACGUAAUUCUCAUUAUCAUCAGACCCCCAAAACCCGCCACCACUUUCUCCGCCCAGAUCCGACCAAAGCCCCCAUCUUUCUCGCAUAAAUAUUCGGCCUUGGUCCGCCUCUGUUCUGGUUUCGGAGCUCAGUCGUUCUUGAAUGUCGGGUUUGGAUUAGAAACAACAUCGUUCUUAUGUGUCUGGAAAUCGAAUCAGAGAUGGCGGGUCAUGUUGUUAAGGUUAGGAGGGAGGCGAUCGAGGCAUGCAUGACGUGUCCUCUUUGUAAUAAGCUUCUGAGAGAAGCCACCACCAUAUCUCUCUGCCUCCACACGUUUUGCAGGAAGUGUAUAUAUGAGAAGCUGUCGGAUGAGGAGGGGGAUUGUUGUCCGGUAUGCGAAAUCGAUUUGGGCUGUCUACCGGUGGAAAAACUCAGGCCGGACCAUAAUCUGCAAGAUAUCAGGGCCAAGAUAUUUCCUCUUAAAAGACUGAAAGUUAAUGCACCAGAAUCACUGUCUGUUUCAUUGCCGGUGAAAAGAAAGGAGAGGUCAUUAUCUUCAUUAGUAGUCAGCACCCCCAAAGUUUCAGCACAAGCAGGCUUGACCGGUAAGAGAUCAAGAGCUUUGACAAGAAAGGCUGCUGCUUCACGUGGAUGCAGUUUUUCUGUUGAAGGAGCUGCAAAGAGAGAAGAAUCCUCAGAAGAUCAUCCAAGGAGCUCUAGUUCACCUGAUGCUCAAGAUAAGAUGCAGGAUUCUUCCUUACCUGAGACUUCCUAUGAACAGAAGCUUAAUAAAGAUGAUGUUGAAGUAACAGAGGGCAAAGCUGAUCUGUGGACACCCUUAAACUGUCUUGUAGAGGCUGCUAACCGAACCAAGUCUUCUAAGUCAAAUCCAGAAGGGCUUGCCAGACCAGAGCCACUGAAUGCCCUUGACAGUAUUUGUGAACUUUAUAUGCCUGAAAAUAACACAGAUGCGGAGUCCCAAGAUGCUAUGGAUAGUCAUGAAAAUGUGCCUAAGGCCAAAAUCAAGGAGCCUGAGAACAGUACAAGAGGAAAAAAGAACAUUAAUGCGGCAGUGGUUUCAGGAACUCUGAAACGCAAGAGGUUGCAUGCAAGUAAUCGUAAUAGGGGAGCUCCAUCUGGGGAGUCAUGUGAUUCAGCUCAAGCUCUGCUAGAUGCACAUGGGGCUAAGCGUGCCAGAAGAGAUAGUCCUAUUUGGUUCUCCUUGGUUGCAGCUGAAAACUGGAAAGGAGAGGCCUCCUUGCCCCAGAUAUCAUCAUGUUACCUGAGAAUAAAGGAUGGUAAAAUGCCUGUAACAUUUAUUCAGAAGUACCUUGUGAAGAAACUUGAACUUACCAGUGAAGCCGAGGUGGAGAUAAUGUGCCGGGGUCAGCCAGUGCAUCCAACAUUGCAACUACAUAACCUCGUAGAUAUGUGGUUUCGAACUGGAUCGACAACAAAAAAGUUACCCGCAACAGUUGGCUCAUCUGCUAAAGAUUUCGUGAUGGUCCUCUCAUACUGUCGUAGUGUGCAGAAUCCCUGAAAUACCUAAUGUUAAAAAUUAUUUAUUUGUUGUCUUCAUAGUUUAUAUCUUCAAUCUUUGUAGCACCUGCUAUCGAAGUUUACAGAAUGUAUCAACUAAGUUCAUUUAGUCUGAUGCAUCAAUAAUGAGUUUGUUCCCGU